GUACAGCACCUGACCCUCUGGCUACCAGCACCUUGACAGUUGUGGCGCUAUGUGUGUGUUCGGGAUGUGAUUAGAGCAUGUUUUAGGUUUCUUUUCAUGAUUAAUAGGCCCGUAGAAAGAUAGUGUAUUAGCAUGGAGGAUCCGGACAAUGAACCAUUGCACAGUCCGCGGGUCUCGUCGCCUGAGGGCGCUUAUGCGGUGGGAGUGCCUCGCUCUUUGGAUGAUGGAAGCAGUGUUCCCAAACUUAAAGCACAAUUGAAGCUGGUGACCCAAGAGAGAGAUCUGUUAAAAGACGCAGCCUCUAAGAAGCGAUAUUCGGCCUCCAUGGAUCGGGACAACCUCUUAAGCCUCCAAGGCCAGGUCCCGGUUGGGCCUGGAAACAAGCAUUUACUUUACCCCAAUCCUCCCAUGGAAAUCAUCCACCAUCAGAGGACCAACUCAGACUCCGCUCAAAGUCCAUCAAAAGCGAUGAAUCCGAAUUUGUCUCGUAGCCACAGCAUAGCCGCCGCCGGAGACAAGAGCCUUUUGUUCUCAAUUGCUCGAGAGCCCAAUGAGACAUCGCCCCCGGGUCCAAAGAUGCCUUCAGUGGAUCGGAGCCACCACGAGUUUCUCCCGGGAAACCCACGAAAACAACCAAAUGAUGCCUUGAAGAAACUGGAACAAGCCUUGAAGGACAUCGAGUUCUACCGCCGAGAGUCCGAAAGCUACCGAAGCCGUUAUAACGACCUCCUCGUAGAAAACCAGCGAGGCGAUCAAGAAAUCAAUUCCCUUAGAAUCUACUUGGAGGACGAACGCAAAGAGAUGUUGGAUCUCAGACAACAACUUCAAAACAUUCUCAAUUCCGAAGGUGGACCCGGAGACUCACUGAGUAUCAUGUAUGGCGCCUUGCUGCAGAAUUACGAGGCUGUUAAGGAUGAUUACAACCUACUUCGCAGACGAUACGACGACCUCGCGGCCUCCCAUCAGUCCGCUGUGGCCAAACUAGAACAUUCCCAGAAUUUUCAAGAUGACGGUGUUCGCUACAAGAAGCUCUACCAGGACUUGGUCACCGAGAGGAACCAGCUCAAACAUCAAUGUACGCAAGCCAUAAGACAAUGGGAUCAAGCUCUCCGUGAGAGGAAUGAAUACAAGGAUUCUCUGGUCAAGGUACAAAGACAACAUGAGGAGGCCGUGAAGGAGGUCAAUCAGGCCAUGACCGUGAGGAUCAAGGCCAGUAAAGACCUUAAAAGACUCACUGAGGAGCGGAACGCGGCCAUGCAGGAAUACUCCCUCAUCAUGAGCGAGAGAGACACUGUUCACAAGGAGAUCGAAAAACUUCAAGAAGAAGUUAGUGCUACCAAAAAGAAAAUGUCUGGUAUGGAGAGCAAGUCCAAGGUCCAAGACGACGAGCGGAGGAAGCUCACUUGCCAAGUGGAGAUUCUCAAGCGAGAGAUCGAACAAGCUUUGUAUGACCGCGACAAGGCCGUCAAAGAGGCCCAUGAAUGGAGGGACAAACUUGGAGGCGGGAAAAUGGCGUCAGAUUAUGGAGAACACGGCAAGCACUCUUCCAAGAGCAAGUUCGACGUUGAGAAGAAUAAGCGAGAUCGGGAUGGGGCCUCCACUGAAACUCUGGACACCUCCGCUAGCCAAAGUUUGUCAGAUUUGGGGACGAAACAACGAAUGGAGAACCUGGAUCAGGCCAACGCCGAGAUUGACCGCCUACGAAAGAUGACCGAGAAACUGGGCGGGGAUUUGCAAGAUGCUGGGCUUGAGGCAGACGUAGCCAAAGGUCGUCGUGAUUGGGCCUUCUCUGAAAGAGACAAGGUCGUCCUCGAACGCGAAAGUAUUCGAACCCUCUGUGAUAAAUUGAGGCGAGAACGCGACCGGGCUGUCUCCGAAUUGGCUGAGGCUUUAAGGGAUUCAGAUGAUGUGAAAAAACAACAAAAUGAAGCCAUCAAAGAAAACAAAGAGCUUAGAGAACGCUUGGAAAGUCUGGAGAAGGAGGUCCGCCUGAAAUCUCUUCAUUGUUCGCCGGGUCACUCGCACAGCCAUGAUUCGGCCAUUGACUCGGACCUUCAGGAAUGGGAGACCGAGAACAUUGACAUUGACAUGAAUGGUCUUGGAUCGACAGAGGACUUGGGAUUAGACCUAGCCGGAGGCCGAGACGACCUUCAUUGUCCAUCGGGAGACAAGCCAAUUUACAUCUCAUCCAUCGGCAAGGGGUCCUUUCUGGAUGGAAAGCUCAAGGUAAACGAUUGCAUAUUGAGGGUGAACGACCUCAAUUGCCGAUUAGUCGAGCGCAGCACCAUCUUGAACACACUUAGAAAUGCCAACUCCGCAGUGAGCUUGGUCGUUCGCCGGAGAAAGACGGGUCGAAGGUAUCAAGCCGUGUUAUCCAUGGCUGGAGCCAGUUCUCCAGGCAUAACCCUUGACUUGGGAGUGUACGUGGCCAGGAUCUCGCCGGGAUCGGUAGCUGCCAAAGAAGGCUCCAUUGCUGUUGGUGAUCGAAUUCUCAGUAUCAAUGAUCGAAGUGUAGACCAUGUGGAUCACAUUGGGGAGGCGGUAAAAUUGCUCAACUCCGGUCAGGAUCCCUUGGUGAUUACCUUGGCCAAAUCCAUUCACUCCCAGUCCUCCUUGGGUGGAGGUCAUCUUAGCUCAAGCUCUUCCGGUCACAACAUGCAGGAGCGGUUUGACGAUGAGCAAAUGACCCACGCUCAUCAACCCCACCCCCAGCAUUCCCAUAAGUUGCCGGGUAAAUCCGGAUCGGGCACUAUAUCCAGUCCCAUCAAGGAUACAAUUCGAGGCUCCCAAGAGUUUGUGAGGAAGCUUCUGAUUUCCAGGGAUGCAAGUGGCAGCAGCAGUGGGGGAAGUCAAGCACGACAUUCCAAUUCGGCACUCAGUUCCUCUAGUGAAAAGGUGUACAAUGUCACCAAGGGCCAGAUGGGAAUAUCAGGCAAGGAGUCACGGGGUUCCAUGGGCUUGAUGGAGACCGUGAAGGAGAAAGUGAGGGGAAGGAGACGUUCCAGCAAGGAACAUUCGGAGAUGUCCUCACAUGAAAAUGUGUCCUCAUCCAGAGACAACAGCUUGUCUCAUCAACCAGAGCAACCUCCUAAAGGUUCUGCUGACGUCGUUUUAGCUGAGCUGGACUCGGUUUUGGACGCAUUCCACGGGAAUAAAAACCAAAAUGCUGCCGAGCCAAAUGCUCCCAACCUAAACAACUCCAGUGGAGCGUCUUCCAAUAAAUCCAGUGGUAAAAAGAAACGCAACAAGGAUCGAGACAGCUUCAGGAGUGGAGGGACGUGGCCCCGGACCAGAGGUGGGCCAGUCAUUGAACAUGGAACUGGGACCAUUCUGCAUCCUCAGAAGGUGAAAAAGGAGCGGUUACCCUUAGCCGAAUUGCUCAACAAUCUGCCCAAAUAUCCACCUGAGGCGACGUCUCCCAAGAAGACGGAAGCUGAGCCACUGGUCGCCUAUCGUCAGGACACGUAUUCGCAUUCCACCAGGGAACCUCGAAGAAAUCGCCCAUUGACCACAUAUGACUUGUUGGAGAAUUAUGGACGUUACAAGAAGUCCUCAGAGGAGAGGUUCUUGCCACCUCCGCCGGAGAGCGAAAUGUUCGCAUUGGAGGCUAGGAAAUCCGUGUACGGGUCAGCUUUUACCCCCUCUGAUCACUCUAUAGAUGAGUCUGUGAAAUCUGGGCACGCCGAGAAAGAGGUUCUUGAGCGUUAUUUGAAGAAGUCCUCUUCCACCAAGCUUCAUCAACCUCUUUCGCUUUCGGGCACAAUUGGGGAAAGUGAGCAAAGUAACAACCCUGAAGUUGCAACCACACCUAUCGACAACCUAUCCUCCCCUAUUUUGAGCUCUCCUCCACCUCCCAUGAGCUUAACCGGGACAAACACGGCUUAUGCGGCCUUAAAGGCCAUGCACGAUAUCAAACCACCAGACUCUGCGCAUUUAAUGCGUUCCACUGCCAGUGGGUUCAGUCCUUAUUUCCCUAGCUCAAUUGGACACCAUAGCUCUCCCCGGUAUGCGUCGCCACCACCUCUGGUCAGUGUUGCAUCUGGUGACUCUUUAUUGGGAAGUCCAAUCCCGGAUGUGCGCCAGACUCCCGGCUCAGAGGGUGGGUUAUUAACGCAAUCUGGAUACAACCAGGUCUACGAGAGUCCAUCGGCAAUGAAUUUGCCCAUGGGCACUUAUGCCAAUACCUCACCUUCAGCAGGGUAUGGGUAUGCACCAGCCUCAGACUACCCCGGGGCUCAUCAAAUUCCACCGAACUCCAAGUAUCGAUAUUCAAUGGGGAUGAGUGGAGGGCAUGUGGUGUCGCCAAGUAACAUGGGCUCGCUCUAUCACCACGCUACUCAACCCCCGUACCCCGGGAGUCACCACUACUCACAAGGGUCUAGUAACACUCAAGGAGUGUAUGGUCAUUAUGGACAUAGGCGACAAACUGAUGAGGGAGUCUCCCCACCACUUUAUUUGGAUCACCAUCACAACCCUGAGAGGCAGUAUGUCUCCAGGCGAAGGGAAAAUGUUGGCUAUCCGUCAAGAGUUAGUUCAAAAGAGAACACCAAAUCAGGAACAUUUCCUCGGAAACGGAAGGAAAGAGAAAGCUCUUCCAAGGACAGCCCCAAGCAGGGUGGCACUUUGCCUAGUGCUGGGAAGCUACGCUCGGCCGAACUUUCUGUGAAUAGGUUGAAGUCUCACACAAAGAAUCAUAACUCGGGAUCAAGUGGUACGGAGAAGGACCGAAGUUCCAGUUCAAAGAAGAGCUCAAGGCAAAAGACCCGCUCUUCCAGGGAAAACAUGCUUAGGGCCAGACCCGGUUCGAGUGACUCAUCGGAUGCUGAAACAAAGAGAGGGAUGGGUAGACGAGGUCGUUCUCACCAUGAGAAUGGUUCUUCCUCUUUGCGCAGACAAACUCAACGAGAGAUUCUAUCCAAGUCGGUUCAAGGAACUUGCAAUAAGAAAGGGACCCUUGUAAAUGAUCAAAGACAUCCUCUUUGGGUGCAUUCAACUCCACCCAGACUGGUCACCUCGUCCACCGCUAAUGGUUCCAACCAUGGAAGAUCAAAGGUCGACCCUUCCAAGACAGUACAAACUCCAAGCUACCAUUCCCACCGGCAUGGCAAUCCUCCAACGUCAAGAAUGACGGGUCCAAUCAAUAACGCGUUGUCCUCAUCUGCCUCUCCCCAAAAAGCCAAAGAUGACAAAGUUGCUCAAGAGAAGGUACCCACUGCCAAAAGGGACAGCAGACCCUUAACCAAACUGUCAAAUAGUGCAGACGACCUGCUGUCCGAAAGCCAAAAGGGAUACCGAAUUCCAAGUCCGGCAACAGUUCUCAAAAGUUUAGAAAUUGGUGAAGAUCAAGGAUAUAUCACGUCCAAAGACCCUUUCCUCAUGUAUCCCACUUCCCGAGGACGAUCAGCAUUCCGGGAAGAGCUCGACUUCACGAGCAAUCGGCAACGAUCCGAGAAUGACAAACGCAAACUCAUUGAAGAGCUCAAGGAGCAGCAGCCCUUGAUCCAAGAUAGGUUAGCCAGGGGCCUGAGUUUCCCAGAUCCCCCACAGGAGGCGAGAAUACUGAGCCCCAGAUGCAAAGAAAUCAGCCGUAGUUAUGGGGAUUCUUUGGACGAAGCUCAAUUCGUGAGUAGGCAAUCAUCUUCAAGGACUACUCGCUCUCGCUCCAAAGAAAAUCUUGCAAACAAGAAGCCAAAGGCCAGCAGCAGCCAAGAAAAUGAUUAUGACGAAGUCUCACUAUCGGCAUCAGCCAAGGCAUCGUCCACCCCAGCUCCGCCCUCAAUCUUCAGCGACUCCUCCAAAGGUGCAGGUGAAGGUCUGAGUGAACUACGCAAAUCCUUGUCUUCUGUGAUUACGGAGGAGUCAUCAGGCAUGUUGGAAAUGGAGGAAGGCAAAACUGGAGGUCAGCCCGGGAUGCCCCCUGCUAUUCCAGUGCCCCCUUUAUCGCCGUUCUCUCGCCACAAGAACAAGCCCUUACCCAACAUACCCCAAUUUGCGUUUGUGCAACCUCACACCGCUCAUCACCAGCCUCAGCUUCACGACUCACACUAUUCGAAUUACCCGCCGACUGAGCAGAUCUACGAGAAGGCCUAUUUUAAGCCCGUGCCUCGCACUACACCUGGUGCAGGAACUCGAAGCGCUCCCAACAGCAACUCCCGUACCAAGCGUCUGAGGAAUCGAAGUCUUGAAAUGGUCCUGGAUGACCCCAAGAGUGGGGCCACAUCCUCUCCUGUUAAGACGAGCUCUCGCGAAAGGAGAGAACGGACGCGGGCGUACUCCAGAAGUUUGGAGCGCCCAAAGCCGCGUCGCUCAGACAGAAUCCCUUCCAAUAACAGUAUAGGUUCACAAGGUAGCUAUACCCAGAUUCCGUCGUUGUCUUCUAUCGAUGGCCGAUCCUCCUCCAAAUGCAACAGCCCUUUGCCCAUUUAUUCUGUUCAAUACAUCAUUCGGGAUGGAAGACCCGUAACGGCCGACACUUUGAACUCAAGGCACCAUAUAAGAAAACCUCUUCCUGGAGAUAUUCGUGACAUUGACAUAGAGAAGACUUCCGAACAAUUGGGUAUUACCAUUGCCGAUGGAUCCAAUAAAGGUGUGUUCGUCAGCUCUGUGAGCGAGAAUAGCUUAGCUUCACAAGUAGGCCUUCAGGUGGGAGACCAGUUACUAGAUGUUUGCGGCAUCAAUUUACGAAAUUGCAAUAAAGAGAGGGCCGCCUUGGUUUUGCAACAAGUAAGGAACUCGAUCACGAUGAAGGUUCAGUACAACCCCCACGACUACCGGAAUGCCCAAGAAGAGAUUCACUUGGAUAACAACAAUGACGAAGACGAUGACGACGAUUCUGAUCUGGAUGUACCUUUGACUCAAGAAAGACAUUCCAGCGUCCGUCAAAGACAUGGUCCACAGUCGAGCCCACCAAGAUCAGGCUCUCCGACUCCUCGUAAUUCGCCCAAGUCCCACCGUGGCCCAUCGAUGCACCGUGAAGACUAUGGGACCGUUUGUGGGGCACUUACCCACUCAUCAACGCAUUCCACUCUGACUCGCCAUCAGAUCAAUCAAAUUGUACCUAACCUCCAAGCCAACCUCAUCCCUCCCCGUGCGCCAGCUAGUCCACCUUAUGAACCCCGUUGGGUCAGUCCGGUAAUGAAGAAGAGCGGCGACCUGGGUGUCCGCUUGGUGGGCGGAAAUGCCGUUGGGAUAUUCAUCCACUCUGUGGAACGAGACUCAGCCGCCCACCUAGUCGGUCUCAGAAGUGCAGAACAAAUACUGGAGUACAACGGUGUCAACUUACGCCAGGCCACGGCAGAGCAAGCUGCUUAUGAGCUCGCCAAGCCGGCUGAGAAAGUGUCGCUUUUCGUCCAAUACAACCCAGACAAAUACAAUCUGGUCAAGGAUCAACCUGGAGACUCCUACUAUGUGAGGGCCAUGUUUGACCGCAUCGUGGACAUCAACACUGACCCGUCCCAAUUGGCGUUCCGCAAGGACGAUAUCCUCUUUAUUGACAACACAAUGUACAAUGGCGUUCCCGGCAACUGGUCUGCCUGGAUUGUCGAUGUGGAUGGUAAACGGACCCAAUGGGGAAUCAUCCCAUCCAAAUACAAGGUUGAAGAGGAACUUUUGAUGAAGAGAAGUCUGGGUGGGGAUAUGGACUCGGAAUUUGGUCACCCGACCAGUGCUGAUUGUGGGACCCCUUGCUGACGCCGUUCUGGAGAAGCUGAUUUCUGAUUAUCCUCAUAAAUUCACCAGAUGUGAUCCCAGGGUGACGAGUUGGAAUAGCGAGAAUAUUGAGCGAGCUCUCAUGACCAACAAUGUGAUCGAAUAUAAAAGGCGGGGAACUCAAUAUGAGUGCAUCACGGUGGAAGCUAUCAAGGAUGUCUGUGAGAGGAACCAACAUUGUAUCUUGAACGUGCAUUUGGAGGUGGUGGAGAGGCUUCAUCAAAACCACAUUUAUCCAAUCGUGCUUUUGAUCAAAUUCAAAUCCGUCAAGCAGAUCAAGGAAGUCAAAGUUCCAACAAUGAGCGCCGAUCGGAUCUCCCAAAAAGAUGCCAAGAACAUUUUUGAGCACACGCAAAAGCUCGAGGGCGACUACAAACACCUCAUAUCAGAUAUCAUUCAUGCUGGCGCCAAUUUGAUGCUAAUGUGCGCUCAAAUCAAUAGCAAAAUCGACCAGGAACAGAAUAAAACUUUGUGGGUUCCCUGUGGAACAAUUUGGUGAUAUGGUGUUGCCAAAACUUACUUACGUCAGUCUUCCAUCCCAUUUUGUAUCAAUGAAAAGUGUUCACCAGAGGAAAACUGAACUUCCUGAUGGAUGUUUUUAAUGUCCCCUGUUAGUCUAGUUCCUAGUAACAUUAACAGCAAUAUUUAUUGCCAAAAAAGUUGUCUGUCCUCCGAAUUUCUACCUAAAGAUGCAAGCUGUUAUUUCGUAUUGAAUGAGUAUUCAUGUUUGCUUUCUAUGUCUGUUGUGAAGCAUGUGAACUUGUUUUAGUCUUCCCUCUCUACCUGUCAUUUCAAUCAAUAAAAUUACUUAUUCGAG